AUGCUCGCCUCCCGCAACCCCCCACCACCCGGCACCGAACCCCGCCUCUACACCCACAUCCCCUCCCCCCGCUCCUCCAUCUCCCACUCCGUCGCCCCCUCCCGCACCUCGAUGGACUCCGACAUCACCCAUGUGCCCUUCUCCAUGCGCGAAGACGAAGUAUUCUACGACCCUGUUGGGAAUGGGGAGAAGGUGAGCCGGGGGAGUAGUUUGUUGAGGACGCUUUCGAGGGGGAGAAAGGAUAAGGGGGCGAAGGUGGAGAGGAAUACUAGUCUUAUGAGGGGGAAGGAUGGAUCGAGUGUGGAGGGGGAGGUGGGGAGGAAGGGGAGUAUUGUGAAGAGGUUGAGGAAAAGGUUGUCGUUGAGUAAAGAGAGCUCGGCGUUGGUUUCGCCAAAGAGUCCGGGUGAGAAAGAGUCAGAAUCUGGGGAUAAGGAAGAGAUGAUCCUCCUCGACCAAGUUGACGACGAAAUGAGCCAUCACCCCCAAGCAGAACGUGCUAUCCGCCAAAACAGGCCGCUGACCGACGCGUCUUUUACGUCUACAUCCCCGCCCAAGCGGGCACCGACGUGGCGCAGGAGUCUUGCUUCCUCGAUCCUGGGCCCCACUUCGCACUCGACGCCGCAGCCGAUGGCAAGACCGCCCAGCCGCUCUCAAUCACCUUUCUCCCGAGACGAGGCCAAGCCGACGCCGGCGCCGAGGGCGAGAGACCCCUUCAGGUCGCCGCCGAGGGGAGAAGAGAGAGAGAGUACGACAAAGCCUUUGAGAGUGGGGUCGAGGAGCGCAGGGAAGAGAGAGAUCGGCAAGCUUUCAUCCCCUCCCAACCCUACUUGCUCCACCCGCCAAACGCAGACGCCACAACCAUUCAAGACAGGCCGCUUCCUCACAGCAGACCAGAUCCUCGACCUCCCCCUCCCACCUCACACCCCUCAAGGUCUGCCGAGCCGGUACAGGCCGGGGGGCACGACAAUCUUUGAUGUUUAUCCGGAUGAAGAGUUUGAUUAUCAUCCCAACCCGUUUGAGAAUGAGGCUACGGCGGGGAGGGGGAUUGAGGCUUAUUCGUUGUAUGAUAUCUCGCACUAUACCGCCGAAAACUCCCUCUCCCAACGCCGCCCUUACCACCACGGCGGGCAAGACCCCUCCGUCGACUGGUCCAACGCCCACGAAAUGCUGCUUGACCCCUCGCCCUCAAACUCUGCCCGGUCGAGCUUGAACGAUAGCCGGCGCUUUGGGGAUGGGGGAGGGUAUGGGGUGGGAGAGGGGGAUGUAAAGUAUGGGAGUGGGAGGAGGGUACCGUUAAAGUAUGAGAAGGUGCGGAGGAGUGGGACGGUUAGGAGUACUAAGAGUAAUAUGAGUACUUCAUCGAAAGGCUCGAUCUUGGGGCUUAUGGGGCCUAUUAUGAUGUGA